AAUUGAUGCUAGUAAUUUCUUACUGAAAUCUUCACUUUUCAACAAUUUCUUUUAUCUGACAGACUCUUCUCUUAUAGCUGCAGAUUGUUCUUUUCCAGAGUGUUUACUAAUGAAAUUUUCGAUAUCUUAAUUUGUUAACUCUAGGGAAAGAAGUUAUUCCAAAGGAAGUUAGAGAGAUCAUGCUAGCCAUGGACGAAUACUAUUCAGAUCUGUUGGUCAUCAGAAAUAUUAUUUCUAACUGGGAUCCCAUUAAGCAGAUCUUGCAAGAAGCACCUUCCACAGCAAAAAGUAGAGUGCCACGAAGCGCAAAAUCCAGAGACAUAGGAGACACUGCUAAAGAGCAGGUACCGGUGAACAAUUUUCAUAUAUGGUACGUAAGGUCCAGUGACCCUUGGCAAGAGAGUAUAUACGACAUGGUGGUUGUACAGAUGAGUGAAAAUAAUUUGGCGAAGUCUGCUCUCCCUAUUGAAGUUGUGCCCAAGCCUGACCUGGAACCUAAACUUUACUCCAUUUUGAAGACUAGAGAUGUUGACAUACGAAAUGGUUUCACACAUGAUAGUAGCUAUCAAUUGGUAGCCAUGAAGUUAGUAGAAACUCAAGCGUUCAUCGAAUCGAUGCAGAGCGAGCUAAGCGUGCAAGAAAAUCGGUCGGAAAAUCGAGGAAAUCGUGCAAGCCGUGAACAAAAGAGGAAGAAAGCGGAAGAGCAAAGAUCGAGCAAAGCCGAGGAGCGUUCUUUGAUCGCGUCCUCGAUCGACAGCAAGGACACCAAUAAUGUCUCCAUUUCGGAGACGUUUUUAGAAGAACCCUUGAAGCCGCGUUGGAUCUUGUUCCCAAAAGAGAGCCACAGGUUCAAGAUUCGCUUCCAACCAGAGGUAAUAGGACUCCAUGAGCAAACUUACGUGUUCACUAUCCUCGACGGGAAUAAUAUCACUUACCAAGUGAAUGUCACCGGUGUUGCUGACAUGCCGAAUCUGGAUAUGAGUCCCGAGACUAUUUUCAACACGACUGCAAAUAGCAAGGUGAAUGCAAUAUACAGCCCCACUUAUUUCUUGGAUACCGGGAUUUUUGAUUUUGGAACGAUGCUGGUUCUCCGAAAAGAUAAAAGACCUCACCAUCGGGAAGUUGAGCUAAAGUUCUGUAACAUCUCCAAGGUGGAUGUAGAAGUUCAUUUCUUCCUGGCUAAGAACAAUCCUGAAUGUUUCUCCGUUCAACCAGAGGAGCUUCUUAUCGCUCCUGGCAACUGCGGAACUGUGCUUUUAUCCGCGAUUGCUACGAAGCUUGGAAUCGUUAUGGAAAAAUUGUUUUUGUGCUUGAAGAAUAAUCCUAAGGUCGAAGUUAUCAAAAUGCAGUACGAAGGAGCAAAGUUGGACAUCGAAUUAUCGGAGAGGCAAUUAUCCUUCGAACGCACGCUGCUCUACCGAAUGGAAUACAAAACCAUAGAGAUUCGAAAUAAAUCGCCAGUCCCGAUUUUCUGGACUUUGAAAGCAGAAGAAUCUCUUGAACCCCAGAUAACUUUCGCGCCAUCAUUAGGAACGGUCGAACCCCACGCUGAACAGAAAAUCGAAUUCUGUCACCGCGGUACACAGGUUGGUGUGAUAGAAAAAAAGGCGAUGAUGUUCGAAGCCUUUUUAUUGAAAGACGAAGAGGAACCAAUUUUCACGGACACCAUUUUGGUGACCGGUGAAACUUACGAUGUCGAGGUCGACAUCAAUUACGCGAAUCCUAUCGAUUUAAAAAGUGUGAAAGUGUGUUACCCCGCGAGAAAAUCGUUCAGCAUAAAAAAUCGCGGGAAUUACGAGGUGAAAUACGUGAUCAUGCUGGAGGAUAAGGAUAAACUAGAGGAAUUAAAUUUAUCGAAAAAUUUGAAGAAGGAUCUCGAGGUUGAACCUGUCAGUGGCUCUGUACCACCGAGAAAGGAGGAAGUCGUAGAGGUAACUUUUGUUCCAAAGAGCGAGAUGACUCUGAAAAAUGCUCCGAUAUUAAAGUGCCAUUUGGUGGAUAUGCAGAAAGAGACCGCCAUAAUCGCUGAAAUACCUCUCACGGUUUCGCUUAUUGCAUAUUACACGAGAUUUCGAGUAUCUCCCUACCCCACGGUCGAUUUUGGCACGCUAGCCAUAUGCACGGAGAAGACCAUGUACCUCGACAUCGAGAACACCGGAAAAUAUCAGCUUCACUAUACAAUAUUCAAUCCAUUGAAGCAUCCGUCCGUAUUCUACAUGAGUCAGUCGGUAAAAGAUAAAAUCGAGCGCACCAUAAGUGGAAAAUUGUCGAAGAGGAAGAAAAGAUCUCCCAGAAGCGAUAAUACAGAUGUCAAAUCAUCAAAUUUGGAACCGGAACAACUAAUAGUGGGACCAAUGAUUGUCACGAAAACCGAUGGCUACGUUAAUCCUGGUGAAACGGACACCAUUGCCAUCAGUUGCUACCCUGAGUUCGUAGGCUCUCAAGAGGAACAUAUUUGCGUUCUGGUCAGCGAUAGCGUUCCUGAAGACAGGAAUGGAAAAACGAUUGCCUUGUCUGUGAGGUCUGCUAUUCCACACAUCGACUUCCACGACUUUGACUCCAUGUUCCAGGAGAAUCACGUGGUGGAUCGGAUUCAGGACUUUGAGUGUCCCAAAGAGAUUGGGCCACAUACGGUGUUCGCGCGACAAGAAACGACCCUCUACUUCCGGCACGUCAGGGUGCUGAGCACACACAGCACGUGUUUCAGACUCUACAAUCUAGGCACAGUAUCCGCUAACGUGGAUGUGCUUUUCCUACCACAGUCCUUAAUUCCGGAAACAGCUAAGACUGACACUUUCCUGGUGGAUCCACGAAACGAGAGGAUUGCUCCUAUGAGUCACAAAACCUUUACUGUUUCGUUCACACCUGCUACCAUUGACACGUUUCAAGGAAGUUUACAAGUGAUCGUAGCGGUGCCUAUUCAUCUGGGGGAAGAGAAGCUGUUCAUCAAGCUCGUAGGAGAAUCCUGCGUACCGGAAGUGGCAAUCGUGGAACCGGCCCACGGGAAACGGGAAACAGCCGCUUUAAACUUUCCUCGUACUCUGAUUAAUGAAGCUAAUUGCAGACACUUUAGCCUGGAAAAUAUUGGGUUAAUUAAGGCGAAAGUUAUUUUGGAGAUCGAUGAAGAUUCGAACAACGUGUUCGCCUUCUCUCCGUGCUCCGAUACUAGGAACUUCUUGCAAAUUUGGGACAAAGAUUGCGACGAACCCCAUGACCGAUGCACCGUGAUUCUUUUGAUGCCCGGAAACGUGGCUCGUUUCACAGUAACAUUUUCUCCGACCCAAAUUGAAAAAUACAAUGCGAAACUCCGUUUGCACAUAGUCAAUAAUCCUUAUGAGAACAUGGUGAUAAAUUUGGAGGGUGAAUCGUACUUGGAACCGAUAGUUCUGGACGGUCUGGAGCUCGACGAUAAUAUGCGUAAAAGGAGAAGUCGAGAGUCCAGCAAAUUACGAAGAUUGUCGUCGAAACAAAAUACCUUGCUUUCAGCAUCGACCAGCUCGACCGUAGCAGUGUCACUGACCUACAACCUCGACUACGGUCUCUGUUUCGUCAGCAAAAUGUACAAGAAAACUUUCAAGAUUGUCAAUAAAUCCACGGAUCGAUGGUUCCGUUUCCAAUGGAGCGUGCAUCCUCACGUGGUGUUCAUGCCAUCAAUUGGACACAUCAAGUAUCAAACGUGCAAGGAAAUCGUUGCUACUUUCCUGGCACCGGAACCUACAAAUCACACGAACACUCGUAUCGAAUGCAGCUUGGUGCAAAUAGUGCUCGUAGAAGAAAAGAACGACCAAACCUGGGACGAUAGACAGACCGAAGUCAAAUGGGAGAGGAUGCACCCAGACGUGGAUCCUCACCAGUACGAAAUAGAACUAAUAGCCAAAAAGAUCGUGCAACCAACCGAAGAGCCACAACACGAAAUCAUACCUGGAACCAGCAGCAACAUUCAUCUGUUGCUGAAUGUCACUGUUGCGUUCUCCGAAUAUGAAUGUCCUGUCCAAGAUAUUCGCUUCAAGGAUACACUCAUGUUCCAGACCAGGGAAUACACGUUUACAUUAACGAAUCCGGGAACUGUAAAUACGGCGUACGCUUGGAAAAUAAGCAUGGACGAGCAAUACCCGAAGAGGGAGCAAGGAGGCAAUAUAAAUCCCAGACCAAGUACCGCUACAGCCGAUACCCAAUCGAAACAGUCCUCCAAAAAAAUUUAUUCCAUGAUCCAUGAGUUUCCUAGCGGGAAAUUCGCUAAAUACAAGACGAACGGUACAGGAGGCCUGAAAUUGUUUUCUAUGCCGUGCACGCCGGUGCAAUCUGCUAAUAUGGAUGUAAAAUCAUUCUCGAUUAAAAGCAGCGGAAGAAAAUCGGAUCUUUUCAGCAGCACAGCCGGUCUGUCCGGAAGAACCGCGGAUAGUUGGUUGGAAGAUGACCUUCCAUUUUCUAUUAACCCUGAAACCGGAAAUAUACCGCCUCAAGAGUCCGUAAAAUGCACCAUCUCGUUCUCGCCAAUGGAUGUGUUUUAUUAUAAAGCAUAUCUCAUAUGCAGGAUAGAAAAUCUGAAUCCAAAUGUACCGAGCCUAACCAUUCCAGUUGUGGGAAGAAGUUUGUUACCCUAUUGUCAUUUCGACGUGCAAGAGAGUGACUAUAUAACCAGUGGUAGACGGGAUCCAAAGCGACCAGGUCCUGUGGGAUACGAGAUAGAGGAUCCGACUUUGUGGCAGAGUGUCAGGGUAAUCGAAUUUAAAGUGGUCGGCAUCGGUGGGACUCACGUCAAGAAGUUCCAUCUGAUCAAUCCAACGACGGACGACUAUCAUUUUUGUUGGAAGGAUCGAACACGAAAUAGCGUAGACGAGAUAUCGAAUUUUCAUUGCACAGUAAUCGAAGGAGUCGCCGAACGCGGUAAACGAACCGACCUGGCUUUCACGUUUCUGGCAGAGGACGUCGGCGUCUUCGAAUCCUUCUGGCUCUUCUCCAUCGAGAGAUACAAUCUGGAGUGCCUUUUUCUGGUCGUCGGGGUCGUAACCGAACCGUCGGUGCACUGCCUCACGGUUCACGUGAAACUGAAGCCAACAAUCCUAGGCUACAACGUUCGAGACCCCAUCAGAUUGUUAAACAACGAAGAUUUCGAACUACCAUUUGCAAUCCUGGAAGAAUCUUUGUACUCCGAGGGGAAAUUUCAGAAACUCAGCGUGACUCCAAUGACUGGAUCUCUAAUUCCAAAGAAUGAACAGUUAUUGUGGGUCGAGUACCAUCCAACUCGGGUCGGUGAAUUCUACUUUUCCAUUCAGUGCGCCGUGAAACUGAUGAAAAGACCCCUCGCAGUUUUCGUCACCGCCAUCGUUUACGACAUCGUGUCUUCGGUUUCGUACACCACGGACAGACGCGAAACCGUGCAGGCUUUUGGAGACAGAGAUAAUGUCAUCGACCUAGGCAGGCUGAUGCUCCAGUUUCCGACCACCAUCAACUUCGAAGUGAAAAAUUCUGGCAAGGUGGCGUUUUAUUAUACUUGGAACCUUGGUAUUACGCCAGAAAUUGCAUCCAGAAACGCUUACAGCAUCACGAUGCCACAAAAACAGGGACACGUGGUCAGUGAAUCUCAAUCGACCUGUUGUCUGACGUUAACAACAUUCCGGAAGACCACUAUUAAAGAUCAUUGCAUCGCUUUAAAAAUUUCAAAUGGCCCGACUUAUCGAUUCUUGGUGAGAGCUUGCUCGAAGAAGCCUGCCAUCGAAUUCAGCUUCAAUUCCUACGAUUUCGGGCCUUGUUACGUUCAGGAGAAGAACGCGAUGUCUUAUAACAAGGAGCUGCUUGUGAAGAAUUCUGAGAACGUGGCGUUCAUAAUCGAAUGUAAAUUCGAGGAACAACCGCACCUGCACGUGGAUCUGAGUUCCAUUUCCGAAGCCCUGGCAGCGAACUCGACGAUUAGUAUACCGAUCACUUUUAAACCUUUGAAGGAAACCAAAUACAGGGAGUGCUUGGUGUUCACGAUCAACUCGACGAACGAGAAGAAAAUAACGAUUUCGGGCGAGGGAAUCACUUACAAAAUCCACCUAGUGAAUCCCCGCGACAAAUGCGUCGAUCUGGGCAGCAUCCCCAUCUCCAGAACCGUCACCCGGCGAAUUCCAGUGAUAAACGAAGGACUGGCGCCCGUGGACUUAAAGUUCGACUUGAUGAAGAAUCUCAGCAACUACGAAGAGCACCUCGAACGAUUCCGAUGUUUAAAAUCGCGAAACUUGGAUACGCCACAAAGCGACUUAGAACGAGCGUCCAUCAUGGAAACGAAACGAUCCUGGACCCAAGACGUGGUACUCCAGACUAAAGAACCUAGACUUUCGGAGGUAUUGCGGGUGGAACCGUCGACGAACAUGGUGUUAAGACCCAACAAGAGGACCAACGUGUUGGUCACUUUCAAAUCUACGUGCAGAAUGAAACCAUUUCUGUGUAAAGUGGCUCUUCAGACCUCCUCGACGAUCCUGCCGUUGUUUGUUGUUCAGGGAAGUUGCGUUGGAGCGGAGUUUCAACUGAACAGGGCUCGGGUCUCUUUUGGCACGAUUGUUCAGGGCUAUACCAGCGAGGCUAGGGUGAUUUUAAUGAACACUGGAGAUGUGGGUGCUAGGUUCAAGUGGAACAUGUCGAAGUUACCGACGGCGUUUACAAUCACUCCUUUGACCGGUUAUUGCUCUCCUGGUAUGGAUAUUACGUUCGUCAUCUAUUUCCAACCUCGAGAACAGAGCAGUAUAAUCGAGGGCGAAGCAGAAGUCGAGCUAGAAAAAUAUGAUUCCUUAAAGAUGAAACUCACUGGAGGGUGUUGUAAGCUUCCCGAACCAACAGAAACUAUGUUCUUCGAGUCUAUGGUACGUAAAAAGCACACGCAGUCGUUUGUUGUCAUGAACGAUAGCCACUUGCCUUGGACGGUGAAACCUGAAGUAACUGGGGAUUACUUCUCCGCUGAAGAUGUCCUGCACGUCGCUGCUAAAGGAUUCGGUUCCUGUGUCGUUACAUAUGCACCCCUUGUUAUGAACUCUGAGGACAACCCGCACACAGGUACGUUAUUAUUGAGACUGCCAGAAGAAAAUGCGCCACUGUUGUAUUCUCUUCGGGGAAGAAGUCUGCCACCGGAAGCUGUGGCUGAAAUUAAUCGUCAGUUCCCUGCGAAGACGAAAUACACGGAGUCGUUCACUGUCCACAACUGGCUCGACAGACAGCAACGAUUCUUAUGCAGAAUUGAAUUAUUGAAUGCAGAGGAACAAGAGGAGACAACCCUGUACGAGUUCCAGGGUAAUAGCAAAAUCGAUGUACCACCGAAUGGCCAACGAGAUUAUCGUGCUGUUUUUUACUGCUACGAGAAAUCGACAUUUAAUUUCAAAGUGUCAUUCGUCAACGACGAUAACGAGUAUCAAUUUUAUAACGUAAACUACGAGAUCACAGAGCCGGAAGUGAUCAAAUCGAUCAAAUUAGUUACCUCGACGAGAACUCAGGUGUGUCACGAAUUGGAGGUGGAAAAUCCUUUGAAAAAUAAAAUGAUCGAAUACACGGCAAAUUGGGAUCAUCCUUUCGUCACUAUUCGCGAUUUGCCGAAAGUUGUUGCUCCAUUAUCACGCGAGUUUAUUUACGUACAAUACAAUCCAAUGCUACCAUCCGAGGAGACUGUCGUGAUGGUUUAUAUUCAUUGCCCAGAGUUAGGACAAUUUCCAUACGAAUUACGAUUAAAAGCUUUGUCACCGCCUCCGGAAAAAGUUACACGCGUGAAUGCAACUUUGGGAAGCUCCUGUGUAUUCCUGCUUCGUAUCAACAAUUAUACUACAGAGUCCGCCGAGUUCUUAAUUAAAGUGGAUAACGACUGCUUCACCUCUCAGAGAAGUAUUGUUGUUCCACUAUUAUUUAAUAAAACACUUGAAGUGAUUUUUGAACCGAGUGACUUGGAAAAUGAGGUCGCCACGUUGACGGCGUCGUCGAAAACUGCUGGAGAAUAUGUGUUUCCUCUGAUUGGUACCUGCUCCUUACCGAAACCUAUGGGACCCUAUAUAAUUAAACGAAACCUCCCUGCAACAAUACUAUUCAAAAACGUUUUCAAAGAAGAAAAAACUUUCGAGUUUCUCGUCGAUUUGCCUGACGUCUUUAAAAUAGAAGCCCCAUCGACAAUGUUAGAAUCCAAAGAGAGUAUCAUCGUUAAAAUACACCUUCAAGAAGAAGAUCCAAAGGAGAAUGGAGAUACUUUGACGGAAGAAAAAUAUCCAGUUACGGGAAAAUUGAUGGUGUACUGCACUGAUCCUACAGUUUCUCAUAUUAAUUGGAUAUAUUAUUUAAAAGGAAUUUUUGAAUAAAAUA